CAGUCAUUUUCACCCCCGUCAAUAUGUGACACUGUGUGAAAUCUGCUCCGCUUAAAUUUGACGAAAUUGGGCAAAUUUUCCAUUUUCCAGCUGAAAAUUGUUGCAUUUCCCAUCAAGGAAGUUUCCUUCUACAGUUUUGUGGUAUUUUCUCGGGUGAUAGUGCGUUUUUUUCGAAGAAAACACGAAUUUUCAACUAGGCCUUCACCUGACGUUUGCUGUCAGGUUAGGCGUCGCGCACCAAUACGCAUGCAAGCCGGGAACUGUUGAUAAGUGAGUGCAAAUUAGGAGUUUUCGGACCAUUUCUAGACUUUAUUGAACUUUCUGCCGAUACUAAUGGAAUGGAUGGGAUGCUGCAAUUCAACGUGCCUUUGAUUCAAUGGAAUUGAAGCCCAGAAUGGCCUAAUCGAGCUCACCAGUGGCGCAGUUCUUAGUUGAUCAGUCAGUUAACGAGAGGGCGGCCCUCAUUCAAGACAUGUGACAGAAAGACAGGCGAACGUCAGCCUGGAGCAGCCCCUGAGGGACCCCCUGCAAAUAUGUCGCCUUCAAGCUCCCUCCUGCAGCUCAGAACGUUAAUAAUGGUGCUGUUCGUAGGGGCGGUGGGUGCCAACCAAGAGUCGCCCCUGCUCGAAGAAACGGCCAUCAGUGCAUCGACCCCAAAGCCCACACCAGCCGAACCGGAUGAGAAUCUGCUCCUCAACACCGAUCUGCCCAUUUUCCUCGCCGAGCCUCAAAACUCCUUUGUGGUGAAGAAUCGCGCCGCCACCCUACACUGUCGUGCCGCUCAUUCGCUUCGCCUCUACUUCAAGUGCAAUGGAGCUCGCAAAGUCGACACUCAGGACUUUCAUUUCGUCGAUCCUCAAACGGGCGUGCGGAUCAUGGAGGCGGAGGCCAAUGUCACCAGGGACAUGGUGGAGGAGUUCUUCGGCAAGGAGAAGUUCAAGUGCGAGUGUUUCGCCUGGAAUGGCAAGGGCAGCAUCAAGAGUCAACCGGCCACUGUGGAAGUUGCAUAUUUGAAAAAACAGUUCGAAAUCAACCCAGAAGCAGUGGUGAAGGUGGAGUUGGGUCAUCAUGCAGAGCUCAAAUGCAUUGCUCCUCAAGGGAUGCCGCCGCCCAGAGUUUAUUGGCUACGUGGAACCCAAAUGCUCCAAUCAGAUAGCUCGGUUUUGGUCACCACUGAGGGUCACCUGCUGAUUAGUGAGGCGCGGGCGCAGGAUACUGGCAACUACACCUGCGUAGCCGAAAAUAUCGCUGCUAAAAGAACAGCGCCCUCAUCCCAAGUGGUGGUUUUCGUAAAUGGUGGUUGGUCGGCUUGGGGCCCCUGGACAGACUGUCGUUGUUCGGGCGACGUCUUGGCCACUGGAAAAAUGAGCACGAGAUCCUGCAACAAUCCGGCACCCAGCAACGGUGGACUGUCCUGCCAUGGAUCGAGUGUGAAGCGGACAAAAGACUGCAUCCCAUGUCCACAAGUGGAGCCUCCCCAUUGGUCCAGCUGGUCUGAUUGGUCAGACUGCAACGAGGACUGCAUCAAAGUGCGAAAGCGACAGUGCAUCCCUGGAACGGGUGGGACGAAGAAAAGCUGCUCCGGCAAGGAUAUCCAGACGAAUCCGUGUGCUUCCAAUGUGUGCAGAUCCAUGGAGCUCACCCGAGUAACUGAAGACUACCAUCCAGAAUUUUUUCCCGAACAGGACAAGAAGUCCCUGACGCUGCAGCCCGACCUGACGCAGACGGUGGCAGCCUGCUACGAAUACCCCUACACAACCCCGGCCACCUCCGUCACCAGAUCGGUGUCGGAACACCAUUAUGACGUGCCCCAUCUGGCGUCUGCGUCCGAUAUUCAAAUGUCGCCGGCCACCAGUUCCACUCUGGAAUCAUCUAGCGGCAAGCGGAGCCAGAUGAGUGGCUCUACGAACAAUUCUGAUUCCACUUACGACGUGGCUACUGAGCAAGUGACGCUGCCGCUCUCGGCGCUGCCUGCUGCUUACGCAGUCACGCCCACCACCAGCGGCAACUACAGCAGCGCCGCCGUCACCCACGCGGGCGCCUUUUUGAACCUGCCGGAAUCGGGCGUCAAUCUUCUGGUACCGGAGGGUGCCGUUUCGCGAAGUCGCAAGCAGGAAAUCUUCCUGUCCAUCCUCAACGAAGACUGUUUCCGGCCGAAGUUGGCCGAGCACCUGACGCAGCUCAGCCCAGUGGUGUCCUGCGGGCCCAACGUGUCCCUGAACAAGGCCGUAGUGCUGAAGCUGCCCCACUGUGCCGAGCUGACUCGCAACAGCUGGUCGAUCUCCAUACUGCAAAGCGACUGCAGCGACUCCCAGUGGCAAAACGCCGUCACUCUGGGCCAGGAGACCAUCAACACGAACGUGUUUUGCCAGUUUGACGCCGACUCGGCCUACUUGGUGACUGAAUGUUUGUCCAGAUUUGUGAUGGUGGGCAAGUCGACCAAUGGCAGCGCCAUCAAAAGACUGAAACUGGCGGUGUUCGCCCCCAAGCUCUGCUUCCAGACCACCAUCGACUACUGCGUGCGAGUGUAUAUAUUGGAGGACACGGAAAGCUCCAUGGAGACGGUCUUCGGACAGGAGAAGCGUCUAGGGGGGUACUUGCUGGACGAGCCGCGAUCCGUGGCCUUCCAGGACGGCGGCAACGCGCUCUGCCUCAACUUGGAGGCGAUCAGUGAGGGCUGGCAAGCCAAGCCCGGCUCCCACUACCAAGAGGUCCCAUUCGCCCACGUUUGGCAGGCGAACAGCAACAGUCUGCACUGCAGCUUCACCUUGGAGUCCUACGAGGUGAGCAGGCAGUUGAGCUUCAAGCUGCGCGUCAACCAGAAGGGCUUCGACUAUCAGCAGCUGUUCGACAUUGCCUGCAAGGAUGAUGCGACCGAUAGCAAAACCAGCACUUCGGCCAAGUUCAGCAGCAGCGAUCUGCUGCCAAAAGUGGCCAUCCACAGCGAGACCAGCCGGUCCAACGACUCGAAAAAAAGUGCCAAAAGCCUGAUAGUGACCGAUCGGGGCGUGUCCACCUGUGACGACUUCAAUUUUAGACUGAGCAAGCAAAUUAGGAAACAAUUGUGUCACUGUUUGGACCCGCCCACUCAGCGGGGCAACGACUGGCGCAUGUUGGCGCACGCCCUUAAUGUGGACAGGUACAUAAACUUUUUCGCUACCAAACCGUCACCGGCCGAUUGUAUUUUCGAUCUGUGGGAGGCGCGUAAUCGAACCAGCAACGCCCUCACCGAACUGAAACAGAUUUUCACGGAAAUGGAACGGUACGAUGCGGUCAGUGUGUUGGAUAAUUGUUUGGGGCCCAAUUGGUUGUAAUUUUGUUGUUGGACUGUUGGUUCUGUCGGCGCCAGGUCUGCCUGUGCAGGAGGAGCCGCUUGCUGGCCCCUACACGCGCAAACUUGGCCCCUAUCUGAAAUGUCUAUGUAUUAUUUUUUGUUUGUUAAGUACGGAAGUGACUGGUGAAAGGCGUUUCAGCAAGCGAAACAGGUAAAGGAGUGAAAAUGCAUUUUGUCGCCAGCUGAAGAAAGCGGGCGAACGCGCGGAGAGUGCAGGUGGGAAUCAGCCUUUAGUCGCAAGUGCUGCGCGCAAGACGCACGUUCACAGAAAAAAUGUCUGCGUACGUCCUAAACAAUAUGCUUAGGUUCGAAACCACAUAACGUAGUUCUCAACGCCAAAUUUACUGUUAAAUUGUCUUAGUAUUUGUUGUCGACUUCUUUUGCUUCACUUCGCAAACUCGCGCGAACACAGACGAGCCAUCCAGGCGGAUUUUCACGACAUUAGGUCUGGGUAACUCAAAUUUUUUGCAGUAGGCGCAGUGCUGUGCAACUGGCUUUUUGCGCCAACUCAACGCACCGGCGCAGUAACUCAGUUCCG